AAGUAUCCGUUUCCUAGAGUAUCCUAGUUUUUCACCGUAUUUGCCUUCACGUGCAUCUCCAGGAGGUUUUGUGGUUAAUCCUCAAUGGCACAAUUGUUGCGACCUUGCGAUUGGGCCUGGAGCGUAA